AUGGAGACGCCCAUUGAGCGAGAAAUACGCCGCAGCUGCGAACGCGAGGAGAGCCUGCGCCGGAGCCGAGGCCUGAGCCCUCGCCGCGCAGGCCGAGAAUUCGUCGAGCUGCGCGUGCGGCCGGUGCUCAGCCUGCCCGGCCCCAGCCCCGCGCUCCCGCGCGCCUUGGAGCGCGCGCGGGCGGGCGCGCAGAUGCAGCGAGACAUCGAGCGGGAGGCUCACCGUCAGGCGGCGCUAGCGAGCCCCGCAGCCCCAGAGCAGCGCGCCGAGCCGCCGCUGCAGCCGUUGGGUGAGCUACGGCGAUUCUUUGAGGCGGCUGGGGGACGUGGCUCCUUGUCCGCGGCUGAAGGCGGCGCGGACCUGCAGGGGCUGCCGGAUGCCGGAGGCCGGCCGCGCUUGGCGGUGCAGGGUCGGUGCCCGGUGCUGGCCCGCGCCCCGCCGCGGGUCGCGCCGUCGCUGCUGGAGCAGGAGGUGCGCGAGGUGCUUGAGCGCGAGCGGGAGCUGCAGCGCCAGCGGCUCAGCGUCUACGGCACCGCCGAGUUCAAGGAGCCCGCGCCGAGCCUCACGGCGAGCAGCGGCGACGGAAAGCUGGCGGUGAUCUGGCCUCCGCGCAGAAAGACAUCUGAGAGCGGCUUGGAGCAGGAGGAGCAGAAGACUUGA